GCCUUCCCGGCCUGGUCCCGGCCAGGUGGACUGGAAGGGGCGGAUGUAACCAGGAGCGGCCAGUGGUGGCCGCCGCCGCCGCCCGCCGUCCCCCGCCCCCUGCACGCAGCGCUUGCGACACGCGUGCCCGGGAGAGGGCGCGAGCGGCGGGGCCAGCCGCGUUCUGAGCACAGCCACCGCUGCCAGCUGCUCUGCGGAGCGCCGGGACGUCCCCGUCGCGCUCGGCCCGAGGACGGCCACCAUGGAGGCGCAGGCACGAGGUUUGCUGGAGACUGAGCCAUUGCAAGGAAGAGAUGAAGAUGCUGUAGCCAGUGCUGACUUCUCUAACAUGCUAUCAGAGGAGGAAAAAGAAGAGUUAAAGACUGAAUUAGUUCAGCUGGAAGACGAAAUUACAACUUUACGGCAAGUUUUAUCAGCAAAAGAGAGGCAUCUGGUUGAGAUAAAACAGAAACUCGGCAUGAACCUAAUGAAUGAGUUAAAACAGAACUUCAGCAAAAGCUGGCAUGACAUGCAAACUACAACUGCCUACAAGAAAACACAGGAAACCCUGAGUCACGCGGGGCAGAAGGCAACUGCGGCUUUCAGCAACGUUGGGACAGCCAUCAGCAAGAAGUUUGGAGACAUGAGGUCCCACUCCAUUGGCUACUCCAUUCGCCAUUCCAUAAGUAUGCCUGCUAUGAGGAAUUCUCCUACUUUCAAAUCAUUUGAGGAGAGGGUUGAGACAACUGUCACAAGUCUUAAGACGAAAGUAGGCGGAACGAAUCACAGCGGAGGCAGUUUUGAAGAGGUCCUCAGCUCCACGGCCCACGCCAGUGCCCAGAGCUCGGCUGGGGGCCCCCGGCGGGCCGAGGGGGCCCCAGAGCUGCAGUGCUAGGCCCCGCGGGCCCGAGGGCACCAGCCCCUUCUCCUGCCCGCCAGGCUCCAAAUCAGAAGACCAACCCCCCCUCGGGAAGAACCAAGGCCUUGUUGCUAUUCAAAUGGCCUCUCCACCCAGCUGAAUAAAUUAAUUUCCACUGGCA